CCGAAAAAGAAAAUGGCGGCUGCGAAAAUCAAAGACAAGCAGACUUCUGCCAAAAGAGUGGCUGUCGUUGGCGCUGGUGUAAGUGGACUCGCGGCGGCUUACAAGUUGAAAUCACAUGGUUUGAAUGUUACGAUGUUUGAAGCUGAAGGAAGGGCUGGAGGGAAGUUAAGAAGUGUUUCGCAGGAGGGUUUGAUAUGGGAUGAAGGAGCAAAUACAAUGACUGAAAGUGAGAUUGAAGUGAGAAGUUUGUUUGAUGAUCUUGGUAUUCGGGAUAAGCAGCAAGUUCCGAUCGCACAAAAGAAGCGGUAUAUUGUGAGAAAUGGGGUGCCUGUAUUAAUUCCCUCAAAUCCCAUUGCACUAAUCACAAGCAACAUUCUUUCAGCAAAAUCAAAGUUUCAAAUUAUUUUGGAGCCUUUUUUGUGGAAGAAAAGUGACGCUUCAAAAGUAUCUGAUGCUUAUAAUCUGGAAAGUGUGGGUGGAUUCUUUCAGCGACAUUUUGGGCAAGAGGUUGUGGAUUACCUCAUCGACCCAUUUGUUGCUGGGACCAGUGCUGGAGAUCCUGAGUCUCUUUCUCAGAUGCGCCAUUCCUUUCCAGAGCUAUGGGAUCUUGAGAAAAGGUUUGGCUCUAUCAUAGUUGGAGCAGUUAAAUCUAAAUUAUCUGCCAAAAGGGAAAAUCGUGGAGAAAGAAAAACUUCAGAGAAAAGGAAGCCUCUGCCCGGCCCAUUUUCCUUUCAGGGCGGAAUGCAGACACUUACUGAUAUGUUGUGCAAAGAUCUUUCCAAAGAUGAGCUUAAACUGAAAUCAAAGGUUUUAUCGUUAUCUUACAGUCAUGAUGGGAAGUCUACAUUAGAGAAUUGGUCUCUCUCUUAUGCUUCUGAUCGUGACAAGCGCUCACAAGGUUCAUCUUUUGAUGCUGUAGUAAUGACGGCUCCCCUGUGCAACGUUAAAGAAAUGAAAAUUAUGAAAGGAGGAAAGCUUUUUCCAUUGAACUUUAUCCCACAGGUGAGUUAUAUGCCACUAUCCGUUAUAAUUACCACCUUUAAGAAGGAGAAUGUCAAGAAGCCCCUAGAAGGAUUUGGAGUUCUUGUACCUUCAAAGGAGCAACAAAAUGGCUUAAAAACUCUGGGUACACUUUUUUCAUCUAUAAUGUUUCCAGAUCGUGCACCUAAUAAUUUGUAUCUCUAUACUACGUUUGUUGGGGGAAGUCGAAAUAAGGAGCUGGCAAAAGCCUCAACAGAUGAGUUGAAGCAUAUUGUUACUUCUGACCUUCGGCAGUUGCUGGGAGUGGAGGGAGAACCCACAUUCUUGAAUCAUUUCUACUGGAGCAAGGCAUUCCCGUUAUAUGGCCGUAACUAUGCUUCAGUCUUGAAAGCAAUUGAAAAGAUGGAGACAGAUCUUCCUGGAUUCUUCUAUGCGGGUAACCACAAAGGCGGAUUAUCAGUUGGGAAAGCGAUUGCCUCUGGGUGCAAAGCAGCUGACCUUGUAAUCUCAUAUUUGGAAUCUUCACAUCAGAAGCUGCUCAAAGAUUGAACGCCAUCGAAGCAGGAAUGAUACUGUCUGUUAAGCAUGAAUGUAAUCUUUCUGGUUUCUGCUUGAAAUGGGCAUCUAUUCACAGAAUGCUCAAACUAUUUUCUAGAACAAACAUUCAGCUAUUAUAUAGUAACAAAAUAGCAAGUCAAUCUAUUUUGAUUAAUCUGCCUUCUGGUUACUUAAUGUUA